AUGCCCGACAGCAUUGAUAAUAAUCAGCAGAUUAAUUGUGACUGCAAAUUGGUGGAGCCCCGGCAAUUGCCUGCCAUUUCUGCCAAUAAUGUGACCUCUGGAGCUAGGGACGGUGCCAGCAGGAGGUACCCCGUUAUGGUAUUCGUUCAUGGUGAAAGCUACGAGUGGAACAGCGGUAACCCAUAUGAUGGCUCUGUUCUUGCCAGUUAUGGUGGUGUCGUUGUGGUAACGAUAAACUACAGGCUUGGAAUCUUAGGAUUUCUCAACGCCAACACAGACUCGCACUUGCGUUCACCAGCGAAUUAUGGUCUGAUGGAUCAGAUCGCAGCCCUCCACUGGGUCCAAGAAAAUAUCGCCUAUUUCGGAGGUGACCCGGGAAACGUAACCCUGAUAGGACACGGCACAGGGGCUGCCUGCGUUAAUUACCUAAUGACAAGUCAAGCUGUACCCGACGGCCUACUAUUCCAUCGAGGAAUUCUCAUGUCCGGAAGUGCCCUCUCCCCCUGGGCCCUCGUCCGAGGUGCUGCAGAUUACGCUAUGCAAGUUGCUAAACACCUAAAUUGCUCGUCGGCUACCCACGAUCCCCAGUCAUUGCUACGAUGCCUCAGGGAUGUAUCAGUGGAUAGUAUAAUGUCAGUUCCAGUCAAGGGAUUGGCAUUUGCACCGGCAUUUGGACCAAGUAUAGAUGGGGUUGUCAUUGAUCCGGGUGAUCCGGAGGAUCAAGAUUAUACACUACAAGUCGAUACGAUUAAUACACUCAAUAGUAUAUUGCUCAGGAAGGAUGUGAUAGCCAAAUUAUCGAGAUAUGACCUGAUGGUGGGUGUUGUUAAAUCAGAAGCCUAUUUUUCCCUGACAUCGGACGACGCUCAAUACGGAAUGGAAGCAGACAGAAGAACGAAAAUUCUCCGUGAAUUUGUCCGUAACACCUAUACAUACCAUCAGGCAGAAAUACUUGCUACGAUAAUAAACGAAUACACAGACUGGGAGCGACCAGUUCAACACCCAGUGAACAUAAGGGACGAGACCCUGGAGGCACUUGGGGAUGCCAAUACCGUUGCACCAGCUACCAGAACUGCUGAUCUACACAGCCAAUCACACAGAAAUUCCUAUCUCUACGUUUUCGAUUAUCAGACUAAGUUCGGCGACUAUCCGCAGAGACAAGGCUGCAUAAACGGUGAAGAGCUGCCGUAUCUAUUUGGUGCACCACUGAUAGGUGGCCACUCUCAUUGGCCAAAGAACUACACGCGAGCCGAAAUAACCCUCUCAGAAAGUGUUAUCCUAUACUUCACAAACUUUGCUCGCACUGGAAAUCCCAACGAGGGUACUCCAGAUCCUGGACCCUCUGGAUCACGUCCAGAGCGAACGAAACUUAAAAAUACCCUCUGGACAGCUUACGAGGCAGUUCACAAGAAUUAUCUAAGUGUUGAAACAAAAUGCAAGCUGAAGAACCACUACAGGGCACAUCGUCUAUCCUUCUGGCUGAAUCUAGUGCCAGAUCUCCAUAAACCAGGCUCCGAUGACGUUCCUCGUUCUCACCACCUCCUGGACGCCGAACAGGUACCUCCAAGGUUCAUCCAGCGCCUGCCAACGACAACGAAACUCACAACCCUCGACCUUACGACUGAACGUCAGCACAACACGACGACAGCAUCUCCAAGCGAACUAGCCUUCGAGGAGACAACGACCCAACCAGAAGACGGCUUUGCAGCGUAUUCCACAGCCCUGAGUGUGACGAUAGCCAUCGGUUGCAGUCUCCUAAUCCUGAAUGUCUUGAUCUUCGCUGGUGUGUACUACCAACGAGACAAAAAUCAGCACCACUGCCCUAAAAAACGCCAGGAGAAUGGUCAAAUGCCGAAUAAUAUAUGUGGCGAGUUGGAGACUAAAACAGCGGAACGCCACCACAUCCAGCACAUGCCACCGCCAGACUUCUCUGAUCUCCAGAAUAACACGUGUCUCGUACCAAUGCCCCCACCACCCCCGAAGAACACUAAACCAGCGAAACCAGUUCAAGGGCAGAACCUGAUAAUGAGCCCCAAUCAACUCCAGCAGGAGAGCAUGCAGAUGACGACGGUAGGAACCUUGAAAAAGGGACACAAUCACCAGCAGAUCAUGGAGGAACUGAGGGUCUGACUCUAGGAAAACGGCUCCUAGGGCUGUGCUCGGAUUCAAGUGUCGUCGAUGAUUAUGGAAGAGACCAGUGAUUUAACAGCUAGUGGACACGUUUUUCUACUGCCAUGAGGCAAUUAUUUAUCCCAUAUGGCCUUUGAAAUUCAUCCUCGAGGCUCUUGAAGUUCAGUGAUUGAAAACUCGACAGUUAUUCAAGAGUUUCGUCGGAGUCAGUCUGAGGGGAGAGUAAUUCAUAGAAUCUUUUGAGUGUCGUCUGAAUUGUUAACUCGAAAAACCAGAGGAAUUUUACCAACGAAUGAUUUCCAGGAUAACUCCAUAGUUAGGAUUUUCUACCGUAAAUUAUCCUCUGGAUUUCUAAUGAAACAAUUUCCAUCCUACACCCGCAUGGAGUUCACACGAUAAUCCAGAUUAUUUAAUCUCACAACUCAUAUUUUAAAAAUUAUUCAUUCCAUUAACCCCUCCCCUCGAAUUAACUCACGAAUUUCAUCCUGCCACGAUGUUUAGUGGAGCGUCUAAUCGCGUAAUAAACAAUGUAUAGUGAUUAUCAGAGUAUGAAACAAUUGUAUAAAAAGCCAUACGAUGUGGUGACUCUGGACGUUUAAUGAUAAUUAGUUUGUACGUGAUGGAGUGAAUGCAGUGGAGUGUCAAAAUGAGAUAAGAAAUAAUGGAGCGAGACAAGUCAUCCCUCAAGACUGGAAAAUACAAGGGGUGGUAUUUAAAUUUCAUUUGUAAAGCUGUUAUCACCCUAUUCUGCAGUCAAAACCGCGCAACAUUAAGAUGCAACGGAAGUGGGCGGUGUCUCGGAUCCACAACGGCGCAGGUGCAGCAGAAUGAAUUCUACUCGUCGAAAGGUGCAAAAAAUUCAGAAAGAUCCUUUCGGUGUUCCCCGAAUAUCUCAAGACCGAGUGAAGAUGGAAAAAAAAUUAUAGAUACAUUUUUGUAGCACUCGUUUCGCUCCACGAAAAAGAUCCCACACGAAUGGGCGUAUCUCCAUCGGAUCCGGAAGUAUCCAUCGAAAACUCGGAAAAGAUAAAGUCGUCGUAGUCGAUAUAUCUCGUUCUGUCACUUCGCUAUUGAAUGGGCUAUGGGAUCGUGUGGGUAUGAGUGAUGAAUGUCACAUCGAUUUGCACCAGUGUACAUAGGUAUAAGUAUCCAAGGAAAAAAGACGAAUCGUAAAUUGUACGGAGGAAAAAAAUAAGGAAAAAAAAACCCGAAGAACUUUUCUCCGUGCAACAGCGGUGAAACACGACGCUUUGUACAGUUAUACGAUAAAUGUAGACAGUUGUUGAACUACGUGAAAAAAGAAGAGAAAUAAGAGAUUCUGUUAAGAUUGGAUUGCCACUGUUGCGCGGUGGAUAUUUAUCGAGUUUUUGUAAAGACGAAAUUAUUCAUUUUUUUUUCGCAAUUCAUUAAACUUUGAGAGGAUGAAAAAAAUGGUUGAGUGAGAAAUAUACAUAUAUAAAUCGAAUUGAGGAGCAUUGACGUUCAUUUCGACGUGUUGUUUAUUUUUGAGGAAUUCUAUUUCAAUUUUUCAAUGUAAGGAAUUGUAUAUAUCGUCUUUGUUAAGAAUUGAAUUGAAAUUUUAACGAUGUCAAGAGAAUACUGUGGAAUUGUCAAUUAUUUUGACAGACCUUGGAAAUCAUCUCGGGAUUGAGGGACGAGGGGAGGUAUAUUAAUCUCCCCUUCCCAAUUAAUCAUUAAUUACCAAUUUUUUGUCCCAAAUUUAAUA